UAAGUUUCUAACAAUGGUGAAGUUGUUCUGCUUCUACUAAAAUUUCUUUAGGUUCAACAAAGGAAGUUGAAGUCAAAUCUGCAGAUACGAACAAUGGCUGCCACGAAAAGGCCUGAAGAUGUUGCCAGCGUCGACGUCUACACCGCAAAAGGUCUCCUCAGCGUAGAUCACCGUUAUCUGGAUGUCAGGACGGUUGAGGAGUUCAACAAGAGCCACGUUGAAAAUGCCUUGAACAUUCCUUACAUGUUCAUCACAGAAGAAGCAGGUAGAGUGAAAAACCAUGAAUUUCUCACCAAAAUUUCCUCAAUUCUCAAGAAACAGGACCACUUGGUCGUGGGUUGCAACAGUGGAGGCAGAUCACUUAAAGCUUGUGUUGAUAUUCUCAAUGAAGGUUUCCAGCAUGUGACGAACAUGGAGGGGGGCUACUCUGCAUGGGUGGACAGUGGACUUGCCCACGACAAACCCACUGAAGACUUAAAAGUCGCUUGCAAGUUCCGUCCUUGAAAUUUAUGCAACUUUAAUUUGUUCAAACUAUAAAACGAUUAGUACCACGAUAUGUGUCUAUAAUUUAUAAAGGUGGGAUUCAAGUGAUGUAAGUGGAUUUCAGUUGAAAUAAUAUUAUUUGUAAAUGUUGUACGUGUAAUGUUACUCUAUGUGAAAUGUCUUAA